CCCUCUCAGUUGUCAAUGGUAAGACCCUUGAUAAACCUUUGGUUGUACAGCUUUGUGAUGCCUGGGGAAAUCCUUCUCCUGAGCCUAUGGUUAAAGUUGUCCUACUAAAAGAAAGUGGCCUAAAGUUAUCUCCAGCCCCACAAUUGCAGAAAACUGAUGAAAAUGGAAGGGCAAGUUUUGGUGCAUUUCAAAUCUUUGCAGCAAGGGGAGAAUAUACAAUACAAGCUAAAGCCGUCAUUAAUAAAAGUGCAGUGGAUGGCCCGGUGAUCAGAUUAAAUGUAGUACCAGACCCCAACAAACCUGUCAGCUUGCAUGUAGACUAUGACAAAAAUGCACGUUUUGUUGCUGGUGGAUUUUUAACAGAAUUUGCAGUUAGUGUUAUUUCUGAAGAUGGCAGUGCAAUGAAGAAUAUCAAACCAGCAGACCUCACCAUGCGAAUCUGGAGGGGUCAGCGUCCAUCGUCCAAUCCCACAAUUUUAAAUUGCAAUAAAGCACGAGAUGGUGACAGAGAAGGGUUUUUUUAUUUCAGGUCGUUGAUUCUGCAUGGUUAUCUUGAACUUUUCCAAGUGCCUUGCUAUACUAUAGGGAAUUUUGUACAAUUUGAAUUAACACACCAAGUUACUCAAUAGCUACUUCUUUUAAGACCUGAAGAUGAAAUCAGUGAGGACCUGGGGACCUGUCAGCCCCCAGUGCAAAGUACCACUUCCUUGUGUGAUGAUGGUUUAUGAUAUAGUAUUAUUAUUUGGAAACUUGGGUCAAAGGUAGAGAGAACCAUGUACAAUGUUUUUUUUUUCAAUUUGAUUUAUAUAUUGUGAUUGUAAAUAAGGAUGUAGUUUUAGUUACAUUUUAGUUUGGCUCUGUGAAUGGUGUGGGUUUGUCUGGAAAUCUGUUAAAUGUAUUUAAUUAAAGCUUUUUAAAAACAAAAACCCUUGGGGUGAGUGGUUGAAUGCUUUCUAAAAAAAAGGUUAGAGGAAACAAAGGUCAUUUACAGAAAUUUACAGAAUUUCAUAGUACCCCAUUGUAAUGUCAUUAAAUUGU